UCUCGUGUUGUUGUUUAUGUCGCGCAGUUGUUUUUGUUGACACUCAACGCGGUUCCGCGCACUCGAUCAGCUGUAGACCACGCCGUCGGGCCCAAAACUGGUUCAUGACGUCACCCACUGCCACCACUACUGUAUGCGUAUACGUCUUGUCCGAUCCAAAACCUGAUCUUCUCGCCGCGAUACUCAGACAUUGUGUGUAUCUUGGUGGUGAAGAUCAGUCCACGAUCGAGUUCGCGUUGGUGAGGAUGUUCUUCGUGACCACGCUGCUUUUGGCCGCCACCGGUGCACUUGCGUUCACCCUGCUGCCAUGUGAGAUACCGAACGAAACCCAGACCGGAUACUGCAUCGGAGCUGACGAUUGCCAGCCGUAUCAGACGCUUAAGGAGUCGAUAAAGGGAAGUAACGAUGUGACGACCGCUGCGUUCCUGCAGCGACUCAACUGCUCCAAAACCGGAAUUUGCUGCAAGUCCAUGCCAACGUACGACAAUCCGCACGUUCAAGUGUUUGAGAGCUCGACGAUCGCGUCAAGGCUGUCGGUGGAGGAGCAUAGUGAACCUGUGCGCUACACGGCCUCGAACUGUGGCAUGGAGUCGACGGGCGAUCGAAUCUUUGGCGGUCAGGUGACCGGUAUCGAUGAGUUCCCGUGGUUGGCGCUGUUGUUUUACCAGCCGGCGGAUGGCGGUACGGUGGUGCCAUCUUGCGGGGGUGCACUGAUCGCGUCCCGUUGGGUUUUGACCGCGGCUCACUGCGUCAAGGGUAAAGGCUACCGAAGUCUUGGAACGCUAAAGUUUGUCCGGCUUGGUGAGAAUAACCUGGAGACACCCAAGGACUGCGAGUUGGACGUAGAUGGUCGUCAGGAAUGCGCUGACAAGCCGGUUGAUUUGGACGUGAUCAAGACCAUUCCUCAUCCAGACUAUGCGAGCCAGAGCUGGGACAAGUACAACGACUUGGCACUGAUCAAGCUGGCUAAGGAGGCACCCUUCACGGACUACAUUCGGCACCUUUGUUUGCCCGGGUACUACAACUUGACGGAACAGGUCGAACUGGCCACGGCUAGCAAGUUUGUGGUCGCUGGUUGGGGUCACACGGAUUAUUAUCAAACCGUUGACAGCGUCCCCAGCCAGAUCAAGCUGAAGGUAACACUCCCGUUCGUGACGAACGAGCGCUGCCAGGAGGUGUACGGUAACUAUUCGCUUCGGAUUGCGGAUACCCAGAUUUGCGCCGGAGGACAGAAAGCGCGUGAUACGUGUCGAGGAGACAGCGGAUCUCCACUGAUGUUCUACAACCGGCAGCAGUCGCGCUGGUUCACGUAUGGACUGGUUAGCCGUGGUCCGUCCACCUGUGGAACGGAUGGUGUUCCGAGUAUCUACACGAAUGUGUUCCGAUACGACGAAUGGAUUCGGGAGACCAUGGCCAAGGUGGAGAAAGAGGGAAACUGAUGACGGACAGGGGUUUGAUGUGUGUGCACAAUAAAGAAUGGAUUGAAUUUA